UCGAACUCAAAGCGUGUCGUGUCUGAUAUUGAGAGUUCAGGGAGUCCACCCUGUUGCAUGUCUUCGCGUUGGACUUCGAUGCCUUCUUCACACAGGUUUAGAUGGAGUGGCAGCCAGAUGAACACGGUCUCCAGCAGGUCCUUCAGCUCCUGAAGGACUCCCAGUCUCCAAACACUGCCACACAGAGAGCUGUGCAGCAGAAAUUGGAACAGCUAAAUCAGUUUCCUGACUUCAACAAUUAUCUCAUCUUUGUCCUCACAAGACUGAAAACUGAAGAUGAACCCACACGCUCUCUUAGCGGGUUGAUUCUGAAGAACAAUGUGAAAGCUCACUACCAGAACUUCCCCCAGGCAGUGGCUGACUUCAUCAAGCAGGAAUGCCUGAACAACAUUGGGGACCCAUCCCCCCUCAUCCGCGCCACUAUCGGGAUCCUCAUAACGACAAUCGCGUCAAAAGGAGAGCUGCAGACGUGGCCGGAGCUGCUCCCUCAGCUCUGCAACCUGCUCAACUCAGAGGAUUACAAUACCUGUGAGGGCUCAUUUGGAGCACUUCAGAAGAUCUGUGAAGAUUCCUCUGAGCUCCUGGACAGCGAUGCUCUCAACAGGCCCCUCAACAUCAUGAUCCCCAAAUUCCUCCAGUUCUUCAAGCACUGCAGUCCCAAGAUCAGGUCUCAUGCCAUUGCUUGUGUGAACCAGUUUAUCAUCAGCAGAGCACAAGCCCUGAUGGACAACAUUGACACCUUCAUUGAGAGUCUGUUUGCUCUGGCUGGGGAUGAAGACUCUGAGGUGAGGAAGAACGUGUGUCGAGCUCUGGUUAUGCUCCUGGAGGUUAGGAUCGACAGACUCAUCCCCCACAUGCACAGUAUCAUACAGUACAUGCUCCAGCGUACGCAGGACCCGGAUGAGAACGUGGCCUUGGAGGCCUGUGAGUUCUGGCUUACCUUGGCGGAGCAGCCCAUCUGUAAGGAGGUUCUGUCCGGACACCUCGUCCAACUGAUUCCAAUCCUUGUGAACGGGAUGAAGUACUCUGAGAUUGACAUCAUCCUGCUGAAGGGUGAUGUAGAGGAGGAUGAAGCUGUGCCAGACAGUGAGCAGGACAUCAAACCUCGAUUUCAUAAAUCACGCACAGUCACGCUGCAGCACGAGGGCGGAGAGGGAGAAGAGGGCGAGGACAUCGACGAGGAUGAUGACGACGACGAUGACACGCUGUCCGACUGGAACCUGCGUAAGUGUUCAGCGGCUGCCCUGGAUGUGUUAGCUAACGUAUUUCGGGAUGAACUGCUGCCCCACCUGUUGCCCCUGCUAAAAGGCCUGCUUUUCCACCCUGACUGGGUCAUUAAGGAGUCAGGCAUUCUUGUGCUGGGGGCCAUUGCUGAAGGUUGUAUGCAGUGUAUGGUCCCAUACCUUCCAGAGUUGAUUCCUCAUCUGAUCCAGUGUCUGUGUGAUAAGAAGGCUCUGGUGCGGUCCAUCGCCUGUUGGACUCUGAGUCGCUAUGCUCACUGGGUGGUUAGUCAGCCGCCUGACUCCUACCUCAAACCCCUCAUGACUGAACUGCUCAAACGCAUUCUGGAUGGAAACAAGAGGGUGCAGGAGGCUGCCUGCAGCGCAUUUGCCACUCUGGAGGAAGAGGCUUGCACAGAGCUGGUGCCAUAUCUGAGCUUUAUCCUGGACACCCUGGUGUUUGCAUUUGGGAAGUACCAGCACAAGAACCUGCUGAUCCUGUACGACGCCAUCGGAACGCUGGCCGACUCCGUGGGUCACCACCUCAACCAGCCUGAGUAUAUCCAGAAACUGAUGCCCCCUCUCAUUCAGAAAUGGAAUGAGCUGAAGGAUGAGGAUAAAGACCUUUUCCCCUUGCUGGAGUGUCUGUCAUCAGUUGCCACAGCGUUGCAGAGUGGUUUCCUGCCCUACUGUGAGCCUGUGUACCAGCGCUGUGUUACCCUGGUGCAGAAAACGCUUGCUCAGGCUAUGAUGUAUAACCAGCAUCCGGACCAGUAUGAAGCUCCUGAUAAAGACUUUAUGAUCGUGGCUUUGGACCUGCUCAGUGGACUGGCUGAAGGUCUUGGGGGCCACGUGGAACAGCUUGUUGCCCGUAGCAACAUCAUGACCCUGCUCUUCCAGUGCAUGCAGGAUACUAUGCCAGAGGUCAGACAGAGCUCUUUUGCUCUGUUGGGAGACCUUACCAAAGCCUGCUUCCUCCAUGUCAAACCAUGCAUUGCGGAGUUCAUGCCAAUACUGGGUAUCAACCUGAACCCAGAAUUCAUCUCUGUCUGCAAUAACGCCACCUGGGCCAUCGGGGAAAUCUCCAUGCAAAUGGGGAAAGCUGACAGGAAACAGGAAGUGGAUUGUAGAGGAGCGGAGAUGCAGCCCUAUGUGGGUCUGGUCCUUAAUCAUUUGGUGGAGAUAAUCAACAGACCCAAUACCCCCAAAACUCUGCUGGAGAACACAGCCAUUACCAUUGGCCGGCUCGGGUACGUGUGUCCCCAGGAGGUGGCGCCCAUGCUACAGCAGUUCAUUAGGCCGUGGUGUACGUCACUGAGAAACAUUCGGGACAACGAGGAGAAGGACUCUGCCUUCCGUGGCAUCUGUGUGAUGAUUGGUGUGAAUCCUGGUGGAGUGGUGCAGGAUUUCAUUUUCUUCUGUGAUGCUGUGGCGUCCUGGGUCAACCCCAAGGACGAUCUGAGAGACAUGUUCUAUAAGAUCCUGCAUGGCUUUAAGGACCAGGUCGGGGAGGACAACUGGCAGCAGUUCUCAGAGCAGUUUCCCCCUCUGCUGAAGGAGAGGCUGUCGGCCUGCUACGGCGUGUAGACCCCCCCUCCCACUGGCACAGGAUGUCUGUUAGGUAUAUCUACGGGAGGGUUACUGGGGAACUCGUCGAUGUCUGUGUAUUGCUCUGCCCUGGUCUUUUUUGGGGGGGGGGGUAGAUGGGCAUGACCAGCCUUGUGUCCCUUGGCGGACCCCCUGCACCCUGUGUCUCUGUGAGGGAGGGUGGGAGGGUAGAGGGGGGGGUGGGGAAAAAGGGGAACCAACCUCUGAAUCAACACCGCUGAUUCCAAUCGGACUCACUCAGAACGGGACAAAAAAAUUGGAGCGACGGGGAUCUAAACGGGAGGGAGGGAACAGUUAGGCUCUCCAGCCUUGAUUCCACAGCUCUCUGUAAACUUACAGAAGCGCUGUGACAAAGGGAUGGGGUAGGUAAGAUGUCAGAACGCAGCAACCAAUAAUCCAAUCUAGUCUAGCUCUGGGGCCUCAAUUACACGCUAAUAGCACAUAUUUGCUUUGUGUAGGGCGACGCGUCCAGGCAUGUACCAGGCAAGAGAGCUGCCUGGCCGACACCUUUGUACGUGCACAAGCAUACAUGUAUAAACUGAUAAUCUUAAGAGCCAUUGGAUGGAUAGUCUAUAAAAAUGUGUUGGAACUAUCCUGAAGGUUGACCAGAGAGGCGUGUAUAAAGUAACAAUAGGGAGUUAAGUAAUUGCACCUUUAUUACUCAGCAUUCAUAGACAUUAAGUGCUGUUCAUACUGGGGUCUGUCUUUUUCAACUAAUACUUUUUAGUUGACCAUUUUGUCUCUCAGUUAAUCUCUUGACUCUCUCUCCUCCUUCAGUUUCUGGAAGUUAUAGUAUAGGUUAUAGCAUUUUUUUUUCCCCCCAUAGGAAAAGUACAUUUCCUGUGUAGUCCCUUCCAGUUUUGCAGAAAUGUUCUCCCCCAAGAAGUGGUAAAGAGAGAGUUAAAUACUCUAUUUUCCUUUGCUAGCUCUGAUAACAAAAUGAAAGAGAGGUUUGCAUGGUGGUGAUCACCCUAGAGUUUAAGUCAUCUAUGCAUGUUUCUUUUCAACUUUCUGUGGAAGCUACUGGUCUAAGGAGACGGAUUUAUUUGGUCCUUGGUAAUAUUACACCUUAUCGUUACCUUUUCUCACAUUUAGAUGAGAGAGAUUUCUCAUGUUUAUUCUUAAUUUUCCACGUUAAAUACAAAUUCUAAUGUGCAAAAAAAAAAAAAAAA